AGCGCGGCGGUCGGGCCGGGGCGAGCGGGGCCGGAGCCGAGGCCGGCGGCGUCCCGCGCGGGUAGGCAGGGCGGACCGAGGCGGGGAGCCCGGCGGUCGGACCUGCCCGGAGGCGGGUGCGGAGGAGCAGCCCGGCCGAACCGAAGCCGCAGGAGCCAGCCGGUUUGUUGGCCAAGGAGCGGCCGCCAGGCCGGGCGACCGGGCGACGGGUACGCGAGCCGGGAACCCGUUUCAUGGGGGCGGAGGCGAGGCCGGCCCCGGAGCCUGGAUGAGGACGAGCGGAGCAGAACCCACUCAGGAAACGGCCUCCCGAAGCAGGCCGAACCCGGGCUGGGCCUGAGCCCCGGGCGGCAAGGCGCAGGAGCCGGCGCGCCUGCAGGAAGGGGAAGGGGACGAGGUUUCCAGCGGGUCUCUCUGCUUUGUGGUGGUUGCUACCAUUUUAAAGGUAGAAAGCAUUCAUUUCAGGUGUGCUCUGAUUUUUUUUGUUUUUUUUUUUUGUUUUUUUUUUUUGGUGCGAUUGGCUCAUUUAAGAAUCUCAAAACCUUUCAUGCGAAAGCUUUUUUGUUUUUUUAAAGGAAAUUCGUAAUCUUGGUUCCCAGGGUCGCACUGGACUUGGAAGUAAUGCUGUUGUGUACAUACUAUUGUAUGGUUUAAUUUAUUUAUUUUUUUUUUUACUGUGCAAAUCAGCUGGAAGAUUUUUUUCAGGUGCCAAUUCGGAUUUAUUCGUCCUUUUUGUUGUUGUUCCCCCAAAUAUAUCUGUUGUCGUUUUAAGCGUUGGAGACCAGAGAAUUUCCCCCCGUUGGAGCUUGAGGCUCUCUUGCCAACAGAAGGACAGCUGGGAAAACUGAACUAAAAGGAUGGUUUUUAUCUGUCUUUUGCAGUAAGACUGAUAUUUUGAAGGCAUACUCUUUCUGUGAUUCAUUUUUUUAGCCCGUAGCGCUAACCUUGAAGAGAUUUGUGGUUGGGUUUUGGUUUCUAAGGUCAUCGUUUUUCCUUUUUCUUUCGUUUUUCUUUUCAAGAGGGGGGAGGGGAAAAGGGGGCUAAGAAAGGAGACCAUGUUAAGUGGUACAAGUAGAAUGGAGCUUCAGUUACCAGGAUCCUGAGAACUGGAGGAAAGGAUUCAGUGUCCAAGUUGGGGAGCCCUCCUCUCACCUUUCUUAAAAAUUGCAAGGAUUCAAUCCUGAUCAAGACGUCAAAACUACAGGACUCUGAAACCGUGGAGACACCGAGAAACCAUGAGUGUAAGGUUACCGCAGAGUAUAGACAGAUCAGCCAGUAAAAAGCAGUCUCACCUGUCCAGCCCCAUUGCAGCCUGGUUAAGUAGCCUGUCUCUGGGCGAUUCAACACCCGAACGCAACUCCCCUUCCCACCACCGCCAGCCCUCUGAUGCGUCUGAGACAGCAGGUCUCGUCCAACGCUGUGUCAUCGUCCAGAGGGACCAGCAUGGCUUCGGCUUCACGGUCAGCGGGGACCGCGUCGUCCUGGUGCAGUCUGUGCGGCCAGGAGGCGCAGCCAUGAAAGCCGGUGUGAAAGAGGGCGACCGGAUCAUCAAAGUGAACGGCACCAUGGUGACCAACAGCUCACACCUGGAGGUGGUGAAGCUCAUCAAAUCCGGCGCCUAUGUUGCACUGACGCUCCUGGGCUCUGCACCCUCAUCCGUUGGUGUCUCUGGGCUCCAGCAGGACCCAUCCCCGGCGGGAGCUCCCCGAGCCAUCCCUGUGAUGCCCCCGCCACCGCCUCCCCCUCUGCCACCUCCACAGCGCAUCACAGGACCCAGGCCUCUGCAGGAUCCCGAAUUUCAAAAACACGCCACCCAGAUCCUCAGGAAUAUGCUGAGGCAGGAGGAACGGGAGUUACAGCGUAUCUGUGAGGUGCACAGCCGGAACCCCGGCAGCCAGCUAGAAGAGCAGAUCGAAGGUGCCCGGCGGCGAGUCACUCAGUUACAGCUGAAGAUGCAGCGGGAGACUGGUGGCUCAGCGGACGCCCUACUGUAUGGUGACAGCAGUCAGAAGUCAUCAGAAGGCCGACUGUCUCUGGAUUCCCAGGAUGGGGACAGCAGCUUGGACUCGGGGACAGAACGCUUUCCUCCCCUCAGUGAGUCACUGACGAAUCGGAACUCAGUGCUGUCCGACCCUGGACUAGACAGUCCUCGGACCUCCCCUGUGACCAUGGCCAAGGUGGCCCAGCACCACAGGUGGCAGGGCUCAGAUGCACCCGGCACCCCCACCAGCGACCCGGGUACAGAUCAAAGUCCAAAGCCUCUCAUUAUUGGCCCAGAGGAAGAUUAUGACCCGGGUUAUUUCAACAACGAGAGCGACAUCAUAUUCCAGGACCUGGAGAAACUGAAGUCACGGCCAGCUCACCUGGGGGUUUUUCUGCGUUACAUCUUCUCUCAGGCCGACCCCAGCCCGCUGCUUUUUUACUUGUGUGUGGAGGUUUAUCAGCAGACAAACCCCAAGGACGCCCGGAACUUGGGGAAAGACAUCUGGAGUAUUUUCCUAGAGAAAAAUGCGCCACUGAGAGUGAAGAUCCCAGAGACGUUACAAGCUGAAAUCGACUCACGCCUGCGGGGCAGCGAGGACAUCCGUGGCGUCCUCUGUGAGGCUCAGGACGCGGCCAUGCCGGAGAUCCAGGAGCAGAUCCAGGACUACAGAACAAAGCGCACUCUGGGACUGGGCAGCCUGUACGGUGACAAUGACCUGCUGGACCUGGACGGGGACCCUCUCCGGGAGCGCCAAGUAGCCGAGAAGCAGCUGGCCGCCCUGGGAGACAUCCUGUCCAAAUAUGAGGAAGACAGAAGCGCCCCCAUGGACUUCGCCCUCAGCACGUACAUGAGCCACACCGGGAUCCGGCUUCGAGACGCACGGCCUUCCAGCACGGCCGAAAAGGCCCCGUCUGCUCCUGACAAGGACAAGUGGCUACCCUUCUUCCCAAAGACCAAGAAGCAGAGCAGCAAUUCCAAGAAAGAAAAGGAUGCCUUGGAGGACAAGAAGCGAAACCCCAUCCUCAAAUACAUCGGGAAACCGAAAAGCUCAUCCCAAAGCACAUUUCAUAUUCCCUUGUCCCCUGUGGAAGUCAAACCAGGCAACGUAAGGAACAUCAUCCAGCACUUCGAGAACAGCCAGCAGUAUGACGGCCCCGAAGCGGGAACGCAGCGACUCUCGACGGGAAGCUUUCCCGAGGACCUGCUGGAGAGCGACAGCUCGCGCUCAGAGGUGCGCCUGGGCCGCUCCGAGAGCCUGAAGGGCCGCGAGGAACUGAAGCGCUCCCGGAAGGCGGAGAACGUGCCCCGCUCCCGCAGUGACGUCGACAUGGACGCUGCCGCAGAGGCCGCCCGCCUCCACCAGUCAGCCUCGUCCUCCGCCUCCAGCCUCUCCACCAGGUCUCUGGAGAACCCAACCCCUCCCUUCACCCCCAAAAUGGGCCGCAGGAGCAUCGAGUCUCCCAACUUGGGGUUCUGCACAGACGUCCUCCUCCCCCACCUCCUCGAGGACGAUCUGGGCCAGCUGUCUGAUCUGGAGCCAGAGCCUGACACCCAGAACUGGCAGCACGCGGUGGGCAGGGACGUGGUGGCCGGGCUAAGCCAGAGGGAGGUCGACCGGCAGGAGGUCAUCAACGAGCUGUUCGUGACGGAGGCGUCCCACCUGCGCACACUCCGGGUGCUGGACCUGGUCUUCUACCAGCGGAUGAGGAAGGAGAGCCUGCUGCCCCGGGAUGAGCUGGCCCAGCUGUUCCCCAACCUGCCCGAGCUCAUAGAAAUCCACAAUUGCUGGUGCGAAGCCAUGAAGAAGCUGCGGGACGAGGGCCCUGUCAUCGGGGAAGUCGGGGACCUCAUGCUGGCUCGGUUUGACGGCCCCGCCCGGGAGGAGCUGCAGCAGGUGGCCGCCCGGUUCUGCUCGUCCCAGUCCGUGGCCCUGGACCUGGUCAAGGCCAGGCAGCGCAAGGACAGCCGGCUCCAGCUGUUUAUGCAGGAGGCCGAGAGCCACCCUCAGUGCCGGCGGCUGCAGCUGCGAGACCUCAUCGUCUCCGAGAUGCAACGGCUGACCAAGUACCCACUGCUGCUGGAGAGCAUCAUCAGGCACACAGAGGGUGGCACCACUGAGCAUGAGAAGCUGUGCCGGGCCCGGGACCAGUGCCGCGAAAUUCUCAAGUACGUGAACGAAGCGGUGAGGCACACGGAGAACCGGCACCGCGUGGAGGGCUACCAGAAGCGGCUGGACACCACCUCCCUGGACAGGGCCAGCAACCCCCUGGCCGCAGAGUUCAAGAGCCUGGAUCUUACAACCAGAAAGAUGAUCCACGAGGGACCCCUGACCUGGAGGAUCAGCAAGGAUAAGACCUUGGACCUGCACGUGCUGCUGCUGGAGGACCUCCUGGUGCUGCUGCAGAAGCAGGACGAGAAGCUGCUGCUCAAGUGUCACAGCAAGACGGCCGUGGGCUCGGCGGACAGCAAACACACCUUCAGCCCCGUGCUCAAGCUCAACGCCGUGCUCAUCCGCUCGGUGGCCACAGAUAAACGGGCCUUCUUCAUCAUCUGCACCUCCGAGCUGGGCCCACCCCAGAUCUAUGAGCUGGUGGCGUUGACGUCAUCAGACAAGAACACGUGGAUGGAACGGCUAGAAGAGGCCGUGGGGAACGCCACCAGGCGCCCCGGGGCUGCGCCGACGCCCAUCCAGCCCCCGCCCCCAGGCCCCCAGGGGCCAGCCCACCAGAGCCCCAGGCCCAGCAGGGCAGGACUGGAUGACUCAGAAGUGUUCCACAGUGAGCCAGAGCCCGAGGGGCUGCCUGGAGGCACUGGGCCCCAGCAGAGGGCCCAAGGGGAGUGCCCGGCACUGCCAGAGGCCCCCGAGUGUGGCGGCAGCACCGAGGACGAGGAGCCGGGUGCCGGGCCUCCCCCCGCCGCAUCCCUGCAUGGAGCGAGCAGGGGCGGCAGGACCAGGGACCCCAUCGUCCUGCCCCUCCCGGGCCCUCUGUUCAUGGACGGACUCGCUGACGCUGCCCUGGAAGACGUGGAGAACCUGCGUCAGCUGAUCCUGUGUGGCCUGCUGCCGGGUCACCCCAUGGGACCACAGGCUGCCGGGGAGCCCGAGGACGACCUGACACCCACACCUUCCGUCGUCAGCACCACCUCUCACCCCUGGGAUCCAGGCUCCCCCGAGCGAGCUCCCAGUGGGGGUGGAGGGGACGGCACCCAGCUCCCAGGGCCAGAGGGGGCCCCGCCAGAGCAGGAGGAUGUGCCUCCCUGUUCUCUGGGGUACCUGCCCCCAAGAACCAGGAAUUCUGGGAUCUGGGAGACUCCUGAGCUUGACGAGAAUCCCGGGGAAGAGGCUUCGAGCACAGAGGCCGCAGGAAGCUACCAAGUCGUGCGUAGAGCUGAGGGGGCAGGUGGCAAGCCUGUCCCUGCCCCGCCAGAGAGCCGCCCGUCAGAGCCUGAGCCCCGUGACGUGGAAGGCGGAGCAAAGGCUGCGGGGAACUAUUUUUACGUCAGCAUGCCAGCAGGACCCCUGGACUCAAGCAGCGACCCCUCCCAGUCUGACAGCCCCCCUGCCUGGCCCACGGGGUCCGGGCCCCAGCUACGGCGAGGCAGUGGGGAUCGGAGGCGCCCCAGCCACGCGGCCCCCAGCCUGGCCCUCAGGGACGUGGGCAUCAUUUUCCACACCAUUCAGCAGCUCACCCUCAAACUGCACAGGCUUAAGGACAUGGAGCUGGCCCACAGAGAGCUGCUCCGGUCCCUCGGGGGAGAGUCCUCUGGCGGCGCCACACCUGUGGGCAGUUCCCACACAGAGGCGGCUGGGUGGACAGACAGCUUCCUGCCACCUCCAGCGAAGGCGCUCCUGUCCUCUGACUCCAGGGACAGCCACGAGCCGGGGCCCUGCCCUGAGGACGGCCCCAGCUCCCCGCUGGAAGACAGCUCAGCACACGCAGCUACGUCCCCAAGACUCUAACUGUCCAAACCACCAAACCGUUCCUUGGGGCCUGGCCGAAGGCAGGGCGUGGUGGGAGGCCCGCAUGUGGCCUGGGCGUCCGGCCUCCGGUCUUCUCCCGCCGAGGCCCUCCCCCCGAGGCCCAGCGUCCUGGGUCCCCUGCGCAUGCUGACUGCAUCUGGGGCCCUGGCCCCACGGCGCCUGUGCCUGUGGGCGGCUGUGCGCGGGCGCCUCGGACGCGCGGGAAGGGAGGCUUCAGAGUCAGUGCACCUUGUUCCCUUCCCCGUCCCUGCAGGGCCCAGGGCUGGGGGGCGCCUCCACCUCUCCGUCACUUGGGUUCCUGUCAAUAUGUACGUAUGUAUGUGCGUCUUUGCUGUUGUAAAUACCUGUCCCUGGUGCUGGGGCAGCUACAGAAGCGACUGCUAAGGGCACAGGAGGCCCCCCUUGUACCGCCUAGUCACCACCCAGCACUGGGACCAGGGCCCAGGCCCCUGUGGGCCCAGCUGGCACGGGCCCGCCAGGCUCUCCCUCCCCUGGGACGUCUCCUCUGCAGGGGGCUCCUACCCCACCUGUGUCCGCCUUCCCCACGCCCUCCCUACAGAAAACCGGGUAUCAGGUACGGAGCAAACGGCCCCAGGAGCUGGGGGCAGAGGUUGAGUGCUGGACCAUCCCCAGGGGCCACCGCAGCACUGGCCUAUUACUAUGUCCACUGCAGUCCCCAGACUAAUUGAAUAUACACACUGUGCUAGGUGUAUAUAUACAUAUAUAUAAAUAUAUAUAAUAUAUAAAAUAUAGAUAUGGAAAUGACUGUUUUGCUGUUAAAAUAAUGUAUACGCUUUUAUUUUCUUCUUUUCAUGGUUAAGAUUUUUUUUUUGUAAGAAAAGUUAAAUAUUCUUCACCUGUG